AUGCCGGAGACCGCGUCGCCCACCAACGUGCUGCCCAAGUCGGACCCUGAUGCCAUCAAAACUGAUCAAGACGCGCCUAAGGCGGAGACCAAUGGAGAUGACGCGUUGAGCCGGAAUAUGGAUGGCAAUGAUGAAGCAAAUGGCAUUGCCACGAAUGGGGAUCAUGAGCACAACGGCCACAUCCAUGACGACGAACGACCUUUAAAGAGGCGACGCACACGAGACUCGACACCCCCUCCAAGCACGCCUAAAAAGUUCAAACCCGAGUCGCCGCCAUGGAAGAAAAUAUCUGCCGAUGGUCCGACAUCAUACACCGAGAAUGGACGUCGCAAAUCUGGCCGCAUCAACACCCUCCCGUUAGAUGAACCACCAAGCAAGGCCCGAAAUACGAGACGAUCUACUACCGGCGCAAAGUCGAAUACCCCUAAGCCGAAGGCUGAAAUCCAGUUGACUAAUGGCAACUCGAGAAAGAUGCCAAACGGCUCACACAAAGCUAGCCCCGCCACCAAAGCUCCCUCGAGGCAAACACCCGCAUCGACUCCAAAAUCUGCAUUAAAGAAACCUGCGACAGAAACUCGAACUUCUUCCCGCUCUACUCGACGUCGAAGCCCUUCUCCGCCUUCUAGAAACACGACCAGAUCCCGAAGAUCGGCACGAUUUAACGAUGCUUCUAUUGCAGAUAACGCCAUACAAGACUCGAGACAUCCCUCUCGCAAUGGGACCAAUCGAUCUCCCCGCAUAAAAUUACGAGUCGGACGAUCUGGCGAUAUUCCUCUUGUCCAUCCUGAUCAGGUUCGCAAAAAGCCUAAGAUCGGCACCAGUUUUGAAGACUUUUGGACUCGAGGUGGGGAAAUACCUGUUGAGGAUGGUGGACUGCAAGCUUCCGAAGAUGGACCCCAGUAUACCAAUGAAAUGGCCGAGAAAGAUGCUCGUGUCAUCCUUCGAAUUGAGAAGGAAGUUGAAGAUGGCGGGAUGCUGUCACAGGGACGAUGCUCAGUAUUUCUCCCGGAGCCGGCGGAAGAGCCUCCUCGACAAUGGGCUCGACAAGAUCAUAUGGUGAAAGCUAUGACGAAUUUCCGGAAACUCAUGCUGGCGGAGCAACAACGGCAUCGACUGGCGGCAAAGAAGGUAGCUGAGGCCUGUAGGGACGAGUGGUUGAGACGUCAACCUAAAUCAGAAGAGGAGAUUGAAGCCGAGCAGCGGACUUUAUGGAUAUCUCGGUACCGCCUUGUUAUUAAAGUGCUCUUUGGUACAUGGGAGAAUGUUCGCGCCGAAGUCAAUCGCCGACGGUUGGCCGAGUGGGAGCAGGAGGAGCAAAGGAGAGUAAAGGCAGCUCUCAACGAAGCCGUGAAUCUUUCAGAGCAAAAGCUUCAAGCCCGCAGGACAGGAUUGGACUCGGAGCAGCUCUCAGAAGAGGAGGAAGAUGGAUUUGAUGAUCUAAGUGACGACAUGAGCAUGGCCGACGAUGACGACCUUGGCCUUGCCUCAGGAGAAGACGAAGAUAAUGAGGAUGAGGAAGCCGACAGCGAGAUAAUGUCAUCAGACGAGGAAGAAGGCGACGACGACGAGGAUCAGAAGGAUGUUGGUGAUGAAAACCUGACACAGGAACAGCUACAAGCGAAAUAUGCCCAUGUGCCUGAACUCGAGAAGUCUUCAGCGGACGUCGAAACGCCAACCGAACCCAACCAAGACGACACGGAUGCAGUUGAGACUGCGCAAGUAACUGCGACCGAGAAUGCCGAGACGAGUGAUGAGUCUGUUGAUAUGGAUGACGAUAUGGGAUCGACCGAUAUGGACAACAGUGAGGAAGUUGACGACGACGAAUCAGAGGAUGAAUCGGACGAAGACGCGGGCGGCCUUCUGGGACUUCUUUUUGGCAAGUCUGAGCUGAAAAAGAUGAACAGUGAGGCUGUUGUGGAAGUACCUGUUGACCAGAACGAGAAGUCUGAGAUAUCCGAGAAAGCCGCAGACGCGACACCAGAGUCAGAGAUCGAUGAAGACGAUGAGAUGUCUUUGAUUGUGAUGCCCAAACCAGAACCCUCCGAACCUACAGAGGAAAACCACAACACAUCGAAUCCAGACAACGAACAAAUACCAGAAGACCCAGUUGAUGCAGACGACAUGGCAUUGGACUCACCAACAAAAGAUGUACCCGAAAUUAACGAUGCGCUCCCCGAGGCACAUCCAGUUGAGGACAAUGAGGUGGUAAUGACUGGUACCAAUGCAGAACAGCCUAAUGAGGAGCAAGCUUUAAUUACAAGCCCUCUCAAGAAGCACCACAGCCCGGCAACUGAGCCAGUCACGAACCCGCCUAGUCGCGCUCACAGCAUGUCGCCCCCUCCUACAUCCGAAACUAAGCCAUCGGAAUUCGACACCGCAUCCUCUGGAGAAAUGGUUGUGGAUAAACCUGGAACCAGUCGCUCUGCUUCACCGCAGCCAUCAUCGAACCACAAGAUCGAAGUGCCGUUCCUUCUCAGAGGAACUUUACGAGAGUAUCAGCGCGACGGUCUCGAUUGGUUGGCAGGUCUCUACGCCAACAACACGAACGGUAUUCUUGCUGAUGAAAUGGGUCUGGGUAAGACGAUUCAAACAAUCGCCCUGCUUGCACAUCUAGCGUGCCAACACGAGGUUUGGGGACCGCAUCUUGUGGUCGUGCCCACUAGUGUCAUGCUCAAUUGGGAAAUGGAGUUCAAGAAAUGGUGCCCAGGUUUCAAGAUUCUGGCAUACUACGGUUCCCAGGAAGAAAGAAAACGCAAGAGACAAGGUUGGAAUAAUGACGAUGUGUGGAAUGUUUGUAUUACUUCAUAUCAACUCGUCCUUCAAGAUCAGCAAGUGUUCAAGCGGCGACGUUGGCAUUACAUGAUCCUUGACGAAGCACACAACAUCAAGAACUUCAAGUCUCAAAGAUGGCAGACCUUGCUGGGAUUUAACACACAAGCCAGACUUUUACUUACUGGCACACCUCUUCAGAACAACCUCACUGAGCUUUGGUCACUCCUCUUCUUCCUCAUGCCGGCUGAGAACGGGGUAGGCGGGUUUGCCGAUUUACAAGAGUUUCACGACUGGUUUGCCAAGCCGGAAUCUCAGAUUUUGGAGAGUGGAAGAGAGCAAAUGGACGAUGAGGCGAGAGCGAUCAUCUCGAAACUGCACAAGGUUCUGCGACCUUAUUUAUUACGUCGCCUCAAGGCCGAUGUCGAGAAGCAGAUGCCUGGCAAAUACGAGCACGUCGAGUUUUGUCGUCUCUCAAAACGACAGCGUGAACUCUACGAUGGGUUCCUCUCUCGGAACGAUACCAAAGCAACUCUAAAUUCCGGAAACUAUCUGUCCAUCAUCAACUGUCUAAUGCAAUUGCGAAAAGUCUGCAAUCACCCGGAUCUCUUCGUCGACCGGCCGAUCAUGACUUCCUUUCGCAUGCAAAAGUCCAUCGUCUCGGACUACGACGUAGUUGACCAACGGGUGCAGAGACUACUCCGAGAUCCCAAUCCUAUGAAGGAAACCAGUCUGAGCUUUCUCAAUCUCAUUCCCACGCAGUCCGAAAACCUUUCCACCACACAAGCUGAGCGAAUCUCACAGUUGAGCUCACGUCGUGCGUUGAUGGAUUUACGAGAGGCCCAAAGAGCUCGCGCUCAACAAGCCCACACCAACCUCGAUCCCUCGACAGUCGCAUCAAACAUUGCAUACCUGGAGAGUGGCGCCAGGUGGGGACGUUUUGAAGAACUACAGCACUGCGUCUACAUAAAUGCGUUGCGUCGCCAGAAGAAACCGAUUUAUGGCAAGAACUUGAUAGAGUUGAUGACUCUUGGUACCGAUAAAAGACCUUACAAGCCACGUCCCAAGGUUCCCCGCCAGGUUAUGGCUUGGUUUGAAGAAGAAUCUACACUAAUACAAUCCUUGAUACCCACGGUCAACCAACGUGCCGACAGCUUCAAAACGACCAUUGAGAAGUUCUCAUGUGUUACACCAGCGGUUGUGACCAGAGAUAUGGAGCAGUUCGUCCUCGGCCGUAAGGGUGUGGUGGCUUUCACUGAAGAGGACCUCAAACUCUCAGCGCCUGUCCGGUGGGCGCCAUUUCUACCUAAGGAAGCGCCUCCAGAUCCUUGGCACGAGGGUCGUAUGCGACUUAGCAUUCAAUUCCCUGACAGACGUUUGUUGCAAUACGACUGUGGAAAGCUCCAAAUUUUGGAGAAGCUACUGCGAAAACUUCAAGCUGGUGGCCAUCGCGCUCUCAUCUUUACACAAAUGACCAAGGUCUUGGACAUUCUGGAACAGUUCCUGAACAUCCAUGGCCACAAGUACCUUCGCUUGGAUGGUGCUACGAAGGUGGAACAACGCCAGAUUCUCACCGAUCGAUUCAACAACGACCCUCGAAUCCUCUGCUUUAUCUUGUCAACUCGUUCAGGAGGUCUCGGCAUUAACCUAACAGGUGCUGAUACUGUUAUUUUUUACGAUCAAGACUGGAACCCUGCCAUGGACAAGCAAUGUCAAGACAGAUGCCAUCGUAUUGGACAGACUCGCGACGUUCACAUCUACCGCUUGGUCAGUGAGCACACAAUUGAGGCCAACAUUCUUCGAAAAGCUUCGCAAAAGCAGAUGCUGGAUGAUGUGGUCAUUCAAGAAGGAGAGUUUACCACGGAUUACUUCAACAAAAUCUCUGUAAGGGACGUUCUCAGCGAAAAGUUGGACUCGAAAAGCGAAGGCGUGGAUGCUGCAGAUGCCGCAUUGGACAGAGUACUUGGCGGACCUGACACCAACACUGAUCAAAGGAGAGUUGGUCGGGCACUCGAGCAGGCGGAAGACAGAGAGGACGUGGCAGCAGCCCGCGUCGCGGAGAAAGAGAUCCAAGCCGACGACGCUGAUUUCAUUGAGAAGCCUAGUAACAAUGCUUCCGGUACAUCAACAGCGAGACAAGGAACCCCAGCUGGCAAGUCUGUUCUGGACGGCGGACUGGAUGAGAUUGACACUCCAGUGGAAGAAGAUUUGGAAUACAACGCAUGGGGUGACAGGAUGCGCACCAUCGACGACUACAUGCUCAGCACAAUGGCAGAGCACCUCAAAGACACCAAGCUUGAACUCCCCAAGGACAAAAAGAAGGGGAAGAAGAAGGGCAAAGACACACGCAAACGAUAA